AAAAAACAAAAAAAAAAAAAAACUAGUACGCUUUAAUAUUUCUCCACACUCCAAAAAUAUUUUGAUAGGGAAGGCCAAAAGAAAGACUGACCAUCUCUCCAGUCGACAGGUCAACCCUAGGCAAACCAAGCGCGAGCAUCAGCGCACUGCGCAGCUGAAAAAGAAAACUAAAAACAGCACAUCUCCUGCUCCUUUCGCUUUUUACAUUUCUGAGAUUGUGCUUCUCCUCUUUUCCCCUAAUUUCGCUUAUUAUAAUUCCCGCCCUAAAAAGCGAAAUACCAAAUUCACAAUUUUACUAGUUUAUUACCUUACAAAUCAAAUCGCACACGCACUUUCUACCUUCCUCAUUGCGCUCUCUCUCUCUCUCUCACUCUCUCCACAUAUGGGUUUUCAUCCGACUUCAAGUCUGUUCACCAAUAUCAGAAGCUGGGUUGAAAAGAAGAGAGAGAGAGAGAGUGUGUCAAUCGGGCAGCUUUUUUCUGCUGCUUCUCCUUUUACUGCUAGCAUAAUCGGCAACAUAUGUUGCUUAUAUGUCAUUUCUCUUUUUGCAAUUUGCACAUACUGAUUUUUGUUGGAUUAUCAUUAAUGCAAUGCAAAUUCAUAAGCAAGGUUAGUUAGCUCAUGGGAUGUGCUUUCAAAAAGGGAAAAAGAAACAAAAAGGAAAAUGACUUCUUACUGAAGAAGGGCAUUGCCCUGGUUUCGAUCAACUGAAAAGCUGUUACACAUUUUUUUGGACUUUUUUAAAUUCUUUUUUUGUGGACUGUACAUGCAGUUCAGAUGCUAAUCCUAGCAACGGUGAUUGUGGGAAUGCAUUGAUUGUAAAAGCAUAUCCGCUUGGAAUGAUUCGAGUUAACAACAGCAGGAUCAAUGGAGAGGAUGAGGGGGAGUCAAGACUUGAGCCAUGUAUGGGUUUAGAGUUUGUUUCGGCAGAUAAUGCACGGCAAUUUUAUGGCGCAUAUGCAACACGAGUAGGAUUCAGAAUUAGGACUGGCCAACUCUAUCGAUCACGAACUGAUGGUACAGUUUCUUCAAGAAGAUUUGUGUGUGCAAAGGAAGGUUUUCAGCUUAAUUCAAGGACUGGUUGUCCAGCAUUCAUAAGGGUGCAAAGGCGUGAUUCUGGAAAAUGGGUGAUUGAUCAAAUCCAUAAGGAUCACAAUCAUGAACUUGGUCUUGAGGAUGAAAGCCACCCUCCUAUUUUGCAGAAGAGAGCUCCUAAAGCUACAAAAUCAUCAGCUGGGGUGUCCCAAAGACCAAAAUUCAAUCUGAUUGAGAACAUUGAUGAUGUGCACCCGUGCACAUCCGGUGUCAUCAGUGUCAAACGCCUUAAAAGGGGAGGAGAUGGAGGGCAAUUUGGAGCUGAACCUUAUGCAGGUCUAGCAUUCAAUUCAGCUGAUGAAGCAUACCAAUUUUAUCAAAUGUAUGCUGACAGUGCUGGAUUUAGAAUUCGGAUUGGUCAGCUAUUUCGUUCAAAGAAUGAUGGUUCUAUAACGUCACGGCGAUUUGUGUGCUCCAAGGAAGGGUUUCAGCAUCCUUCAAGAGUCGGUUGUGGGGCAUUUAUGCGGAUUAAGAGGCAAGAAUCUGGAACUUGGAUGGUGGACCGUCUUCAAAAAGAUCAUAAUCAUGAUCUUGAGCUGCAAUCAGGAACUCAAAAAAAAAUUUGUAACACUUCAAAGAAAUUCAUAGAUGACAUAAAUGAUGGAUUGGACUUAUCAGACCUGGAUAAAAUAAACUAUGGUGGUCCUAUCAGGAGAAAUCGGGUAAACAACAUUGGAAGUGAUUGGUACCGCUUGCUUCUUGAUUAUUUUCAAACUAGGCAAGCAGAAGAUACUGCCUUCUUUUAUUCAGUGGAGGUUGAUAAUGGCAGUUGCAUGAGUAUGUUCUGGGCUGAUGGCAGGUCUAGAUUCUCAUGCAGUCAAUUUGGUGAUGCGGUUGUGUUUGAUACCUCAUACAGGAAGAGUAAUUAUCAAGUUCCAUUUGCAACAUUCGUUGGAGUUAACCACCACAAGUUGCCAGUGCUUCUUGCUUGUGCUCUAAUUGCCGAUGAGUCGGAGGAAUCUUUUACUUGGUUGUUUCAGACGUGGCUUAGGGCAAUGUCUGGAUGUCGACCAAAGUCUAUCAUAGCUGAUCAAGAUAUGGCCAUCCAACAUGCAAUUGCAAAAGUCUUUCCUAUGACUCAUCAUCGUUUUUCCACGUGGCAGAUUAGGGCAAAGGAACGAGAGAAUUUAAGGUCUAUGACUGAUGAGUUCAAAUAUGAAUAUGAGAAGUGCAUCUAUCAAAGCCAAACAUCUGUUGAAUUUAAUACCAUGUGGAGUGCACUCAUUAACAAAUAUGGGCUGAAGGAGAAUCCUUGGCUUAAAGAAAUGUAUGAAAAGCGUGAAAGCUGGGUGCCCUUGUACUUGAGGGGAAAAUUUUGUGCUGGCGUCCCCAUAAAUGAAAGUUUGGAAUCUUUCUUUGGUACAGUCUCAAUUGCUCAAACACCAAUUACAGAGUUUAUUUCUCGAUAUGAGCAAGGUCUUGCACGACGUCGCGAGGAGGAAAGAAAAGAGGAUUUUAACUGUUAUAAUUUGCAGGUCUUUUUGCAGACAAAAGAACCAGUGGAAGAACAGUGUAGAAGGGUUUAUACACUUACUGUGUUCAAAAUACUUCAAAAUGAACUGCUACAAUGCUAUAAUUAUCUAGGGAUAAAGACUUAUGAAGAAGGGACCAUUAGCAGAUAUUCAGUGCGGAGGUGUGGGAAUGAGAUUGAGAAACAUGCUGUUACAUUCAGUGCUUCCAAUCUCAAUGUUUGUUGUAGCUGUCUGAUGUUUGAAUUUGAAGGUAUUCUGUGUAGACAUAUUUUGAGAGUCUUCAACUUGUUGGACAUAAGGGAAAUUCCAUCUCGAUACAUAUUACAUCGGUGGACAAGAAAUGCAGAGUAUGGCACUGUUCAGGAUAUUGAAUCUGGUGUUAGUGCUCAAGAACUCAAGUCCUUAAUCGUGUGGAGUCUGAGGGAAACAGCCUGUAAAUACAUUGAGGCUGGGACAACAUCUCUUGAAAAGUUUAAACUUGCCCAUGAGAUUAUGCGAGAAGGUGGAAUAAAACUUCGCUGGCAAAGGUAGACAAAGGACAGAGGUUGGAUGUCACUUUAGGGCCAAAUUUUUGUAGUUUAUGUUUGUUUUGUACAUAUAUUUUUUUUUCUUUUUUGGUCAGCCUUGCUAAAAACUUGUGGCUUGCAAACAGAUAAUGAUACAUCUUGUCUCUGUAUUUUAAUUGAAGUUGUGAUUUUUAAUCAUUUGAUGCUGUACUUGGAUGGACAGAGAUGUAAUGCCAAUGAAAUUGUGAUUCUUUUGAUAGCCAA